GAUAAGACUGACGCUGGCUACCGAACUGGAGUUUAACUCUCUGCCCCAAAUAUGCCGAAAACAAGCGAGCAGGUCACACAUACGUCACUUUCUGUCACACUUUAAUGGCGUUUAACAUUUUUCGUAUCCGCAGUAACAGCGAGUCGGCUGAAAGUGAAGUUUUUUUUGUUUUUUUUCUCCCCCCCCUCUUCUCCAGGAGAAGACGGAGUUCCCGGUCGGUUCGUUUGGAUUAAACUCCAUCCACGUUUGGCAGGGACGACCACGAUAUCCACGAGGAUGUGAUUUUUGUUCGGUUCGGCUAAGGAGCAGCCAGGAGGCAUAAAGUUACAUUAUAAAGGAGUAAAACAAUAAAAAUAAACCUGAAGUGGGUUUGAACCGAAAUUAUGAAAAUGACCGGAGCCAUGGAAACUUCUUUUAAGCUGGCUUUAAAAAAGCCGCCCUCCCUCCGGACGGCAGAGGACCUACACAUCAUCUAUUGCCAACUCUACCGCAUGGAUGUCCUCUCGCACCUAAGGGAACAUCAGUUAAGGUCGAUGUGCACCUCAGCCAGGUAUGAGAGACAUGAGGCUAACCACAUCCUGUUUUGUCCAGACAACCUCGCUACCUGUUGGUACAUUCUGCUCUCUGGAUCCGUCUUUGUCAAGGAGCACAUGUACCUGGCCAGGUGCUGUUUUGGCAAGCAGCUGGGGGGCAGGCGAGGCUGUGAAUGCAUCACUUUGGAGCCAUCAGAAAUGAUUGUGGUGGAUAACGGCACCGAGGGGGACGACAGCUUCCUGCAGAGAGACGGGUCCCAACGGCGGUCAAGGCGGCGCUUCAGGAGAGUUAACCCUAGAGGAGAGCGGGAACUUAUAACUGAUGGCCAAGAACCCGCCAGCUACAACAACACGCUUCCUGCCGAUCUCAAUAAGAUGCACCUAACGGACCACGCCCACCAGCAGGUGAUGCACAUGGCUCCCAGCCAGUCAGGGUGCAGCAUAACCAGCGAUUCGGGAAGUAGUAGCUUGUCGGACAUUUACCAGGCCACAGAGAGCGACUUAGGAGAUGUGGACUUGUCUGGACUUCCAGAGGCUCCAGUGGACAGCGAAGAAGAAGAGGAGGAAGAUGAAGACUUGGAGAGGGCCUCUGACACCCUUUUGGGUCGGGAUGUGGUCCGAGAGUGUCUGGAAAAGGAUCCAGCCGACCGCAACGAUGACGACAUUGAGCAACUGCUGGAGUUCAUGCAUCAGCUGCCUGCCUUCGCCAACAUGACCAUGUCCGUACGGAGGGACUUGUGUAGCGUCAUGGUGUUCGAGGUGGUGGAGCAGUCUGGCACAGUAAUCCUGCACCACAAAAAAGAGCUCGACCACUGGUAUGUGAUCCUGAAUGGAGCUGUGGAGAUCAGCCAUCCAGAAGGCAGAACAGAGACUCUUUGUAUGGGGAACAGUUUUGGCAUCUCGCCCUCGCUGGAUAAACAAUACAUGAACGGAGAAGUUCGCAGCAAAGGAGAUGACUGCCAGUUCGUCUGCAUCGCCCAGGAGGACUACUGGCGCAUCCUCAACCAUGUGGAGAAGAACACGCACAAGGUCGAGGAGGAGGGGGAGAUAGUGAUGGUGAAGGAGCACCGCGAGCUGGACCGCAGCGGCACCAGAAAGGGACACAUUGUCAUCAAGGGAACUCCAGAGCGUCUCAUCAUGCACCUGGUAGAAGAGCCAUCAGUGGUGGACCCAACCUACAUCGAGGACUUCCUGCUGACCUACAGGACCUUCCUCUCAAGUCCCAUGGACGUUGGCAGGAAAUUGCUGGAGUGGUUUCAGGUGGACAGCUUGCGGGACACGGUAACCAGAAUAGUGCUGCUGUGGGUCAACAACCACUUUAAUGACUUUGAGGGUGACGCAGCGAUGACGCGCUUCCUGGAGGAAUUUGAGAAACAUCUAGAAACAUCAAAAAUGAAGGGCCAUCUGAGGUUGCUGAACAUUGCAUGCGCGGCCAAGGCAAAGUGGAGACAGAUCACUCUGCAGAAAGCAUCCAGGGAGUCGCAGCUUAAUUUCAGCGUGCAAGGAGGCAGCGAGAGAGGAUUUGGCGUCUUUGUCGAGUCGGUGGAAGAGGGAAGCAAAGCGGCAGAGGCUGGACUCAAGCGGGGGGAUCAGAUCAUGGAGGUUAAUGGUCAGAACUUUGAGAACAUCGCCUUGUCCAAAGCAGUGGAUAUCCUGAGAAAUAACACACACCUUUCCCUCACUGUUAAAACCAACAUCUUUGUGUUCAAAGAACUCCUUAGCAGGAUCAUGCAUGAAAAGAAGAACGGCGGCCCUCACAUUCCAAAGAUCCAGGAGAAAAAGGGGAAUCGUUUCUCCAUCGCCGACCUUCCUGGAGAUAUGGAGUUCCCCACGGACAGCAAAACCACUCGGAAGAUGAAAGCUAACACCGUGUCAGGAGGGCGUAACAAGAUCAGGAAGAUGCUAGAGAAGACGCGCUUCAGUAUACUGCCACCCAAACCAUUUAGUGAUGGCGGCCUGGGUCAGUCUCAGGAUGACAGCAUUGUGGGCACCAAACAGUGUCGUCACAGCGUAGCGAUCAUGCCCAUCCCUGGCAACCUGUCGUCAAGCAGUCCUGACCUGCUGCAGCCGGCGACCAGCGUACUCGACUUCUCCAACCCCGCUGUUCUUGGACUGUACUACAUCCCAGACCAGGUUAUCCGGGUGUUCAAGGCAGACCAGCAGAGCUGCUACAUCAUCAUCAGCAAGGACACUACAGCCAAGGACGUCGUCGCCCACACUGUCAACGAGUUUGGCCUUCUGGCAGCGCCUGACACCUACUCCCUCUGCGAGGUGUCCGUCAGCCCAGAGGGAGUUAUCAAGCAGCGGCGGCUGCCUGACCAGCUCUCUAAACUGGCUGAUCGGAUUCAGCUGAAUGGCAGGUACUACCUGAAGAACAAUAUGGAAACGGAGACGUUAUGUUCGGAUGAAGACGCCCAGGAUCUCCUCAGAGAGAGUCAGAUCUCUCUGCUGCAGCUCAGCACCAUGGAGGUCGCUGCCCAGCUUUCAAUGAGAGACUUUGAACUCUUCAGAAACAUUGAGUCUACAGAGUAUGUAGAGGACUUGUUCAAACUAGACUGCUCUGCUGGAGGUACAAAUCUGAAACAGUUUGAGGAGGUGAUAAACCAGGAGACCUUCUGGGUGGCUACUGAGAUCCUGAAGGAGCCAAACACCCUAAAGAGGAUGAAGAUUAUCAAGCAUUUUAUUAAGAUCGCACUGCACUGCAGGGAGUGCAAGAACUUCAACUCCAUGUUUGCUAUCAUCAGCGGGCUUAACUUGGCACCGGUGUCUCGACUGCGAAGCUCAUGGGAGAAGUUGCCCAGUAAGUAUGAGAAGCUCUUUGAGGACCUGCAGGACGUCUUUGACCCGUCCAGGAACAUGGCCAAGUACCGUAACGUGCUGAGCAGCCAAAGCAUGCAACCUCCCAUCAUCCCGCUGUUUCCUGUGGUCAAGAAGGAUCUUACUUUCUUACACGAAGGCAACGACUCCAGUGUUGACGGCCUCGUGAACUUUGAGAAGCUGAGGAUGAUCGCGAAGGAAAUCAGACAUGUGGUGCGGAUGACCUCGGCCAACAUGGACCCCGCCCUCAUGUUCAGGCAGAGGAAGAAGAGGUGGAAGAGUUUAGGGUCUUUGAGUCAAGGCAGCACCAACUCCAACAUCCUGGACGUGCAGGGAGGAGCCCACAAGAAGCGAGUGCGCCGCAGCUCACUCCUGAACGCUAAAAAGCUGUACGAAGACGCUCAGAUGGCCAGGAAGGUGAAACAGUACCUUUCUAACCUCACGGUGGAGACGGAUGAGGAUAAGCACCAAAUCAUGUCCCUGCAGUGUGAGCCUUCAUACAACACCCUGAGCAAAAACCUGAGCGAGAGGCGGUCCAACAAGUCGGACAUGUCUCCAGUGUCCCUCAGGGCAACCCUGCCCUCUGGGAAAACUCAGAACAGAGUGUCACAAGUCCUUCAGGUCCAGGUGCCACUGAACCCUCUACGAAAGAAGAGCACCGCCAAGGACUUUAGCACACCCAACUCCAGUUCUCCCCAGGUGGUGAAGAAACCUGCAGUGAACUCGUCAGAUGAGUGGUGCGCCAAGAGACCAUCGGAUGACACGGUUUCCAUCGUCUCAUCCCUUCACUCCAGCCCCACAGUGUCGCCUCAGGGCUCCCCACGCAAAGUGGGAGGUGUGGCAAAAUCACAGAACUCCAGCCAAAUGAACUUAUCGGGAUCUUCAUCAUCAUUGACCAGUGACGCCAGCACAAAGACGGGCACAAUCAGUCUGCGCAGCUACGGCAUAGGUUGUCCCCUCCUUCCUACCGGCAAAUCAGACAACCUUUCUGACUCGAGUCACAGCGAGAUCUCCUCCCGCUCCAGUAUCUGUUCAGUCGACUCUGCGCAGGCCUCUGGGCCUGACGACCGCUGUAACCGGACCUGUUCCAGUACUACAGCUUCUGCCACUAUUGCUCCUAAUGCUACCGCUGCAACGGCUGCUGUGGUUGCUGAGGGCACAGCGGCAUUAAAUGCACACUUAACUGCUGAUUACAGCCAGCCCAGCACAAGUUCUUCAGUUGUGGCUCGAGGAUAUGCAGCACGACCUUUCAGCUCGUCUCUCUCCACGGAGGAGCUGACACCGGACCACACGUCUCUGGACUCAGUGGUCGACAGCGGCCGCGGCAGCUGGACGUCCUGCUCCUCCAACUCCCACGAAUCCUUCCAAAUACUCCCCACCUCCUCGUGCCGACCCUGGGACCACGGCAUCUACGGUCACCCCCUCUCUCUGCCACACAUGCACUUGAGUGGAUUGAAGCACACGCCAUUGUGCCGGACGGUAGCAGAAGCAGAAGCCGCCAGGCCCUUGUGGGCCAACGACUUUCCUGCUAACCGCCACACCAGAGACUCCAGCUCAGAUCUGAGCGAGCAGGUGCGGGAGAGCUGGACAUCAUCGGGCUCCCUGUCAGAUCACUACGAGGGGAAUUAUGGAACGAUAAAGCGCCGAAACACCUCGGAGCAUCCUUCCUCGCCGACCAACGAGGAAGGAGGACAAAGCACAGACGCCUCCUACAAAACGGUGACAUCAAGCACAGAGAAGGGCCUGAUAGUGUACUGUGUCACCUCCCCCACUAAGGAUGAGCGUUACCGGGCUCCCCCUCCCACCCCUCCAGGCUACCAGGGUCUGGCUCUGGGCGAUCUCGGGCUCACGGACGGAGUAGUCAGCGGGCCGGGGUCUCCCCUCCCCCGACCUCCCCACCUCAGACCUCCGGACUACAACGUGGCGCUGCAGAGGAGCAAGCUCCUGCAGAGCCCCGGAGCGGCCAGUGGUCUGGCUGAGGCGCGGAGGCUUCACCUCCAACACCAAGAUGGACGAGCAGUCAGCUCCACGCAGGGCAACUCCAUAGCGCCCAGCAUCUGCCACUCGUCGCAGGACCUGGCUAAUAGUGAGGAUGAUGAACAAGUGUCGGCGGUGUAACAUUACGUCCUCACAACUCGGAUCAGGUGACCACGCUGAUCAGAUGUAGGACUUAACUAUCAGCCUGUGGUCAUCAUCAACAGAGCACAUUGUCCAACUCCGCCCGCAAUCCAGUGGGUCAUGUGACCUCUCUACACAUCUCGGGAGUCACAAACUUUGUUUCAACAACCAGAGAUUUAAACAUUUUUUUUAAAUGAGAACUUCCGAACAAAGCUGAAAGAGGUGAGUGACGGGAUCACAUCGCAGGAGACGGACGAUAUUUAUGCCUCGCUGGAAAAACAGACCACCACGUACCUCCAUUCGCUCUCCAAGCUCACUCAUCUGCAGAUGUUUUUUUGUUCUUACAGUUUAUUUGCUUUAACUUGUUUCAGUUCUUGCUUUUAUCGUUUGGGUUUUUGAGCUUGGAAAUGUGAACUGCUUGAAGUCAUUCUGUGUAAGCCAACUUUAAAGGAAGAUUGAAUGUAGAUGGACAUACAAAAGGAGAAAAAUAGAUUUUGAGAUUUUUAGGUUGUUCUCUAAUAGUUAAUAUCCAAAAGGCACUGCAAAGGUUCUGAAAUAAAUGUAUAAAAACUUAACUUGGAAGUAAAGCUCCGCGCUUUAUUUUUCAGGGGGUGAAAAAAAAGGACAAAUAAUCCUCACCGUAGCUGCGGAAAACACACUUGUCUGUAAGACAAAGAGCAUCCCUCCAACCAUUUUUCUGAAACUUUGCAUCACCUUCACCCCACCACCUCUCCCACUGCUCGUUCGGCCUGCCCCCUCCUGCACGUUCUAUUACACCUGUAUUAUAACAUGUUUUUAAUGAGCUGAAGAACAACUGCCUCGCUGCUUCCCGUUGAGUAAAACGCACGCGUUCAUGUUAUUGCAGCAGCUGUAAUAAAAAAAUAAAUUAACACUGUGUGGCGACACGUGCAUGCACAUAGACUUGCACACACACAGCAAAAUAUAAAGGAACGUGUUUACGUCAGCGCUUACGUAUUUUGUUUACAGUGUUUAUUAGACUAGUUGUGUAUGGAAUUACGAGCUGGAGAGCGGAUCGCUCCGGGUUUAGUUGUAAAUUUGUUUAUAAUGCAGCAGGAUUAUGCUGAUGCAGCAUUAUUUUGUUCUCACGGUGUACCUCUCUCGUCCUGCUUCUCAUCCAAAGGAAGGUGCAACAAGAGCAAAAGGUCUGCCUGACUUACAUCACUCAAUCCUUGUUGCUAAUCCACGUGUAUUUUGUAAAAUAUUUAAAGAAAACGCUUGAAGAUUUAUUUGUAUUAAAAGCAGGAGCAGAUUUGUACAGUGAGAUAAAAAAUGUUUGUUUUUACUUUUAUUUGGACAGAGAGGGGUGUAACUGGAAUCACUUGUUCUUUUCCUCCCUCUGUCGUGUGUUUGCUUCUUGUAAUUUGUUUUGCCACAAAAAGACUUGAAAUGAUCGAUGCUCACCGCAGAUAUAUACAUUUGUACAUAUAUAUUUUUGCUGUUCCUUCGCCAUAAUUUAAUGUAAACUGAGUGUAUAAAUGUGCAGAGAAGGUUCUCUAUAGAGGCUAUUUUUGAACAUUUUUGUUGAAAGAAAAACAAAGUGGUGAUGGCUCUGCUGCUGUUUUAGGGGCAGGAGUCUUUAAAGGAAUUAGUGUUGAUUCUUGUCAUUUUUUUAUGACACCUCUCUCUUCCCACAGCCCCCUUGAUGCUCUGUGUUUGCUGCCCCUUCGGAUCUUUGCGUGUAAUUGCUGCUGAGUUUUGGGAGGAUGCAGCAGCGUGUGUGUUGUAGUGUUGUAUUUGGGAGGUUGGGAUCAAAAUAGGUUUUCUUUUUCAUUUCAGUCUCUAGGCGCUGCACUGCUCGCACAUUAUUUCCAACACAAACCCUCUGUAGUCUGCAGUUUUGCUUUGAUGGCUUCUGCCUACUGGAUGGCUGGCUCCUUUUGAGUCUUUUGCCAAUGGUCUCAUGACACAGACAAGUUCAGGCAAGCUCCAACACUGAAAGGAGGUUUUUGAUGCAAUACAUCCUUGUCUGUUUGAACUGAACUGAAGCCUUUUUACGUUUCCCUUGCUGAAUCUGUUUUCGACCCUGUCACUUCUGCUUGGCAUAUAACUUUCAACCUGUCAGCUCACUCUGCCUGAUGCAUUUCUCUCCAAUGCUGAAGGUUUUUAUGAAUCGUAAGACUGCAAUAUGACCCUCAACUUAGCCUUCUUUUUAAUUCAUCUUUAAAAUUACUUUGAAGUUUUGCACAACAUCUCUGGUAAAAUACAGAUUUUGUUCCAUUCAGAUUUAUCUUUAAAAAGUAUAAUAAAAUAAAAUUAUAAGUACAGAAUUCAAAAUAGAUUUUUUCCAAAUCUCCCUUGAGUGAGUGAUCAUAGAUUAUUUGUAUAAUGACCAGAGGGAUUGUAAUGUUAUGUCUCUGGGAGAGCAGUCGCUGUUAGGUUUUGAUUAUUUUCUAAAACGAAAUCAAAAUGAUUAACAAGUUCAGUUUUUACUCCCCUAAGUAACUGAGGGUUAGCAAUAAGCGCAACUAGCAUGGCUAAAACAGCCUUUUCCAUGUGAGUGCUCCAGAGAAUGUAGAUCCUAAACAUAAGUCCUAGAUUUCUGAAAAGCUGCCAAUGUUUUCAAAUCCUGCAUGUUCCAUUACAGAUGGGGGUUAAAAAAUUAUAAAAAGAUAAAAAGAGCAACUCUGCUUUACUUGUACAGCCUCCCUGUUACCUGCUUGAAGUCUUGCUCUCUCUCACUCUGCCGCAGCCUGAAUGAACUGCAGACAUGUCUCGAUGUGUCUCAGGAAAAACAGUUUCCUUUUGAAUAGCUCCUCGCUAAUAACUUUAAACCUUUAAGCUCAGUGAUAACCUGCAUUCAGAAUAACUUGUUAGGGGUUGAUCAAAAUUGAAAACAUCCAAUUACUCUUGCUUCUCUACAGUAUUAUUGCACUGUCUUGAAUCUUUGAGCUUAAAAGUUCACGUCUUGAUGAUGUCCUUUGGAUGAAUUAUUUUGGUCACACAUGAAAGCAAAAUAAAUCAAGCAAAAGUUUUAUUUCUGUUUCUUCCCACAUUUGGAUUUCUUUUUUUCUUUUUUUUGCUUUAUUCCUUACAUUCUUAGAACUUAAAAAAUGCUAAGUAGUGUUUGCUUUGCUAUCUGCCUCCUAAAGCUUGUAAAGCUUUACCUGACCCCUUUGUUUCUCACUCCUCUGAAAGAAAAGUCUGAACACAACAUGACUGUUUCUUUGAACAUAAAAUGAGAAAAACAUCAGCUCCCUCAACUCAGUCAGAAUAUGAUUUAGCCCACCACACUUUUAUCUGUUUUCCCCCUUGUUUCCUAGAAUGAAAUAAGAGAGAUGUGAAUGUGGCUUUUUUAUGGGGUUUUUUUGUGAACAUUUUCUGGCAUUACAGCAGAAAUGCAUAAUAAGCUUAAAUGUGGAGAGUGAGCAGCACAAUCUUGUACAAAGAGGUAUUAACUCAGUCUGUGGCUUAACGUUGGCUUUUUCUCUCACGCGUAUAGAUGUUGUAACUUAUGUCUUUUAGAAAGACAACCAUGAUUUUAGCUUGUACGCUUUUUAUGUAUUUUUUACAAGUGAUUGUAAAUAGUUGUUAUAUUUUUGUUUAAAAGAAUGUUUAAAAAAGGAACGAUUAACUUUUAUUUCUCGGAGUCUACUGAUAUUAAUUUGGACUAUGAAUAAAAUGUUAAACUGAAA